CAUUUGGAAGUAUAAUGGAGCUGGACCGUUUGCUAAUGUCACGAAGACAUGACCCGCCGCUGCCAGAAUCAGACUCCUUUUUUUGCCGGGCUGGCGGCGCUGCUAAGGAAGUGACGCACAAGUCGGAAGCGGCGUGAGUUUGGCGCGGUCUCCGGGCUGUGGUGGCGUCUGUUGGUUUGGAAUCUUGCACCCUUUUAAACAUUCGAAAGCGGUGGCCUUGAGCUCGAGCUGAACGGUUGCCGUUGCUGCUGCCGAGCCCCACCUACCAUUGUCCACACAUCAUGCCCCCCAAGUCGCUGAGGAGAACGGCCGCUGGUGGCUCUGAGGAGAGCAUCUCUCCGGCCAGACAUGACCACAAAGAUGCAGAUUUUGUCUUACUGUGCCAAAGCCUUAAAGUGGGAGAAAAUGUGAAUGAGAGGGCUUGGAAGAUUUGGGAGUCAGUAUCGGUGCUUUUAAAUGAUAGUAUUGUAUUGGCGGCCACACGGAAGUAUUGGGGUAUCUGCAUCUUCAUUGCAGCCGUAGACUUGAAUGCAGUUUCCUUCACUCUGACAGAUUUGCAGAAAACAUUAGAUCUGAAUGUGACUGAGUUUUUGCAGUUGCUGAAGAAAAUGGAUGUGAACUUGGACACUGUUAGCACUAAAGUAAAUUCACUGGUGUUGAAACUGGAGAAGAAGUGCCUUGUUUUCACUGCACUCUUUGAAAAAUUUAAGAGGAUAUGUGAAAAGAUAUUUGUGGAGACACCAAAUAUCCAGGCAUCAUCAGAAACUAAUAAACCAGUGGUGAAAAUCUGCUGGAUCACAUUUCUACUGGCAACAGGAAAGCUGCUACAGAUGGAAGAUGACCUUGUGCUCUCUUUCCAGUUGUUACUUUGUAUCUUGGCGUACUUUAUCAAGAUCUCACCCCCUGCAAUGAUUAAGGAACCUUACAGAGCUGCUGCAAACAGUAUAAUUUCCAGUGGCCUGCCACGAUCGUCUAGACGAAGUCAGAUCAGAACCACACAAACAGCCAACUCAGCUGAAGUAGACCCCAGAAUUAUGGAAAUUCUUUGUGAGGAAAAUGAGUGCAGUGUGGAAGAGGUAAAGAACAUCUAUUUGAAGAGCUUUCUUCCUUUCUUGGAUAACCUUAAAAUACCCUUUUCUAGUGGGUUUCCUGAGAUGGAGUCACUUUCAAGACAAUAUGAAGAGCUUUACCAUAAGAACAAAGAUUUUGAUGGAAGAUUGUUCCUUGAGCAAGAUAAAACUCUGCAAAUAGAUCCAAAUCAAAGAUGUGAACUUGAGAGAACACCAAAGAAAUGUCAGACUGAAGAUAGUCACACAGUUAUUCCUCCCCAGACUCCUGUCAGGACGGCAAUGAACACCAUCCAGCAGUUACAGAUGAUUUUAAAUACAGCUGAUGACACACCUUCAAAUACACUUAAAGCAUACUUUAACAAUUGUACAGUGAACCCUACUAAUGGCAUUAUUAAUAGAGUGGAGAAUCUAGGCCAUAAGUUUCGGGAAAGUUUUGCUCAGGCUGUUGGAGAAGGAUGGGCAGAGAUUGGCUCUCAGCGAUAUAAGCUUGGUGUACGUUUAUAUUAUAGGGUUAUGGAAUCUAUGUUGAAGUCGGAAGAAGAACGUCUCUCUGUCCAAAAUUUUAGCAAGUUGUUGAACGAUGCUACUUUUCAUGGAUCUCUACUUGCCUGUGCUGUGGAGGUUGUCAUGACCACAUAUGGAACUACUUGUAAGUAUAUAAUGGAUCUUUUAAGUUUUAAAUAUUUUGUCACAAGCUCUUCAGUUUGCAGUAGUACAGUUUCAUUAACAUUUAACCAAUUAAGAGGAUGA